ACGCGUUUGAUGUUUCAUUUUUUUUCUCUACGCUCUGGCGGUGCUACUCUGCUUUCCCUCCCCUCGCCUCUGGGUGCCCAGCGCCCGGCGUGGUGUCAGCUUUUCCGUGAGGUUCGGGGUGGCGGCUGCAGCCCCGCGCGGAAGUGAGGGGCGUGAUCCUCUCCGGUCCAGCGGUCCGCGUCUCCAUGGGUCCGACCCGAAAGCCCAACGUGUGCAUCCGGCUGAGUCUCCGGGCGCUGGGCUUCUUCGCACGCGAUGCGGGCGUGGGGCAGAGGAUGAACCUGGGCAUCCUGCGGGCGCUGGUGUGCCAGGAAAGUACUAAAUUUAAGAAUGUUUGGACAACUCAUUCCAAGUCACCUAUAGCCUAUGAGAGAGGAAGAAUAUAUUUUGACAAUUAUCGGUGCUGUAUUAGCAGUGUUGCAUCAGAGCCAAGAAAACUUUAUGAAAUGCCAAAAUGCUCCAAAUCAGAAAAAAUAGAGGAUGCUUUAUUAUGGGAAUGUCCAGUGGGGGAUGUUUUUACCAGUCCAUCAGAUUAUGAGUCCUCACUCAUAGCACUGACUGCUAAUAAUUGGCUACUUCGUAUAUCAGCAACCACAGGGAAAAUCUUGGAGAAAAUAUACCUUGCUUCUUAUUGCAAAUUCAGGUACUUGAGCUGGGACACUCCUCAAGAAGUUAUUGCAGUCAAGUCAGCUCAGAACAAAGGCUCAGCAGUGGCCCGGCAGGCAGGCGUUCAGCAGCCUGUUUUAUUGUACCUUGCAGUGUUCCAAGUUCUACCUUUUUCACUUGUAGGGAUUCUAGAGAUCAACAAAAGGAUUUUCGGAAACAUUACAGAUGCUACUUUGUCUCAUGGAAUACUGAUUGUGAUGUACGGCUCGGGAUUAGUCAGACUCUAUAGCUUCCAAGCCAUCACUGAACAGUUCAUGCAACAGAAACUUGACUUAGGGUGUGCAUGCAGAUGGGGUGGGACUACUGGAACUGUAGGAGAGGCUCCUUUUGGCAUUCCUUGUAAUAUUAAAAUAACAGACUCACCACCACUGCUCUUUGAGGUCUCAUCCCUGGAGAAUGCAUUUCAGAUUGGAGGCCAUCCUUGGCACUACAUCAUCACACCUAAUAAGAAGAAACAGAAAGGAGUUUUCCAUAUUUGUGCUCUAAAAGAUAAUUCCUUGGCAAAAAAUGGAAUCCAAGAAAUGGAGUGUUGUUCUCUAGAAUCUGACUGGAUCUAUUUCCAUCCUGAUGCUUCUGGAAGAAUAAUACAUGUUGGCCCCAAUCAAGUCAAAGUUUUAAAGCUAAGUGAAAUAGAAAAUAAUAGUUCUCAGCAUCAGAUAUCUGAAGAUUUUGUCAUUUGGGCCAAUAGGGAGAACACAAAUGAAAACUUACUCACUGUUACAGCUUCUGGACGGGUGGUAAAAAAAAGUUUUAACCUUCUGGAUGACGACCCAGAACAAGAGACUUUCAAAAUUGUGGACUAUGAAGAUGAGUUGGAUUUGCUUUCUGUGGUAGCUGUGACUCAAAUAGAUGCUGAGGGAAAAGCUCACUUGGAUUUCCACUGCAAUGAAUAUGGAACUUUACUUAAAAGCAUUCCACUAGUGGAGUCAUGGGAUGUGACAUAUAGCCAUGAAGUCUACUUUGACAGAGACUUGGUGCUUCAUAUAGAACAGAAACCCAACAGGGUCUUCAGCUGCUAUGUUUACCAGAUGGUAUGUGACCCUGGGGAAGAAGCAGCGAUCAUAAACAGAAGUUGUUCAAACGAGUAAGAUAAUGGUAACUUAUGAGACUAAAAUACACUCAGCAGCUAUGUCCAUUUCUCCUUUUUAGUAUCUGUGUGGCAUAUUCUGCAAUAUUUUCCAAAAAAGGUCUUAUGUUAACUUUAGAUGACUAAGUCUAAACUCUUUUCAUAGAUAAUGAGAACUGCAUAUUGUAUAAAAGUUUUUUUUGAGAAUGUUGUCCCAAGAGGUCUGGCAUUUUUGAGCUUUUAGCUAGAUGCUAAUGCAAAUAUAAAAUGCUAGGGAGCAGAAAAGGAAAGAUUAAUUCUAAGUUGUUGAGGAGAGUGUCAUUGAUGCAGAGCUUUACCAUGGCACGUAAAGGAUAGUAUGAAAAUUUGAUUGGUAACACUAUGAGAGAGACAAAAAUGAAGAUACAAAAGAUACAGAGGGCUAGAGGUACAGCUCAAGUGGUAGAGCAUCUGCCUAAAACAAAAGGUCCUAAGCUUAAACCCCAGUACCUCCAAAAAACAACCACAACAAAAAGAUACAGAAAGAAAUCCUAUAUCCUCUACCAAACUUUGCUUAAGGAUGAGAAAUGAGAUAUGUAAUGUGAAAGCAUACUUUU